GCUAACCAAGCAUUUCAGUCGGGAAAUUUUGCACAAACCAAGCGCACGCGGCAGCGGAAAAUCGGAAAAGCCCAGUUGCCAGUCAGACGACAGCCGACAAGCGACGAAGUAAAAAGUCGCAAUUGUUUUUGGUCCUUGCCUUCAGUUCGCCGUGCAUCCUCGAACAGUGCGGACGUGUGUCCUUGUCGAGCGGAAUUCUUCGUUUUAUCAACCACCAAAAGACGUAAUUGUUGGCGCGGACUCUAAAGCUAAACAAUUAGAAAUUAUUUAAAAUAAAAUCAAAAAAGGAGAACGAUUUUUUUCUAACUAACGGGCAACGAUUUCUUUUGGAUUUCGUAAAAAUGAGAAAAUGACAGCAAAACGUGAUAAGGAUUACUCGAAAAAUAAAUCAGCACCUGGCAUCGGAUUCACCGCCGCCGGCUCAACCAAUGGCAGCGGCAUAAAAUCCAUCGGGCUGGUCAGCUCCACGCAGAAUGUGACCUCGUCGCAGGACAUCAGCAAGCGGACAAACAAACCACUCAUGGAGAAGCGUCGGCGGGCGCGCAUCAACCAGAGCCUGGCCAUCCUGAAGGCCCUCAUCCUCGAGUCCACCAAGAGCCAGAAUGCCAAGAACGGCGAGGGCCAGGCGAAGCACACCAAGCUGGAGAAGGCGGACAUCCUGGAACUGACCGUCCGUCACUUCCAGCGGCAUCGCAAUCUCGAUGAUCCCACGGUCAACAAAUACCGAGCGGGUUACACGGACUGUGCUCGCGAGGUGGCUCGUUACCUGGCCACCCCGGAGCCGCCGCCCCUGGGCACCAUGCCCACUUUGGCAGAGCCUGGCUCUAAGGCGCGACUCCUGCGACAUUUGGACCAGUGCAUCGCCGAGAUCGACGUGGAGAUCUGUCCCCACUCGACGGCCACCUUUGCGGAGAGUCCCAGCAGCAGCAGCUGCUUUGACCUGAACCACGCGAAGAAGUCGCAGCCGGAGGAACAUUCGCUGGACUACAGCAGUCAGGACUCGAAUCCGCUGGACUACAGCAAAGGCCUGAAGUUGGUGGCAAUGGAGCAGAGGACCCAACCUCCCACGCCGGCGCCUCAGGAUGAAAACAACAAUCGUGGACUUCAGGCGCAGGCGCAGACUCCGAUUCCGAUUCAGGUGCAGGGCCAGGCACAAAGUCAGCCCUCGCCGCAGGAUGCAGCCGUUCCCAGCGAGUUGAGCUACGAAGAGGAUCGCAACAAGGUGUGCGCCAAUGUCCUGGAGCAGUACAAGCAGCAGCUGAAGGCGCAGGUGCAGCAGCAACCCGACUCCGCCAACGGUGUCCUGGUCCUGCCGCCCCACUACGUCCAACUGGCGGCGGCCCUUGGCCUGAGUGCCCAGCCCCUGGUGGAUCCGAUAGCCACUCGCACGGACUUCGAGCGGCUGAUUGAGUUGCAAAGGGUUCAGCCCCACUUGGCCGGCAAGUUGAGUCCCAAUUUCCCUGGAGGCUUGGAGGCGGCUCAUGUGGCUGCCGCAGCGGCUGCAGCCUAUGCCAACAGCAUGGCGGUGGCCGCAUCCGCCGGUGUCAACGUUUCCGCCAUGGCCACUUCCGGAGCGGGAACGCCAUCCGUUCACCAGGAGAGACCCGCCUCUGUGGCAGCCUCUGUCAGUUCCGGCGUCUCUGUGUCGGAACACAAGUCCAUGCCCGCCACGCAGCAAUCCUCGCCCAGAUCCGAGAGUGGCAUCGGUUCGAAUGAGAACGAGGCUCCGGUGACCAGUCCGCGCCCGCAGACGAGCAACGCAGCUCGUCAGGCCUUAAGACAACGCCAGGAGGAGGAGUACCAUUACAUGGCCCAGGCGGCGGCGGCUGCAGCGGCAGCAGCUGCUGGACAGGAUGAGAGCAUGUGGCGACCCUGGUGAACCGGUGGGUCAGAGAUCCUAUGUACCAAGUAUGUAGACUGCACCAGUUAGU